AUGUAUUUGGCGACCGCCACGCUGCCUUCGCACGUCCUCUCUUCGUCAUCUCCAGUACGGAAAUCUCAGUCGGUGGCGACCUCGAAAGCUUCUAGCAACGCCGGAUCGCAACAGCUGUUGUCCCAGCAGCAGCAACAACAGCCGCCACAACACAAACUUCAGUAUCAGAAAAACAAACAGGUCAACAAGCCGGCCAGCAAACCUGCCAAACAAGAAGAACAAGAGCGAACACUUAGGAUUGAAUUGUCGCCGACGAAGAAGCAGUUUUUCGACGAGGAAAUCACGCCCUAUGCGACUUUCCAACUGUCCCCAACUAAGUGCAACAUCGACGACGACGGGGAAGAGUUCAAGACUUUCACUAUUCAUCACGGAGAACCACCGUAUCUCGCCAAGGGUAGCCUUGAUGCACCGUCGACGUACAGCAAGAACGAGAAAGACGAGUUUUACAGCCAUGGUCAUGCGGCGAACAGCCACAGCCUGACGUCAGGUUCAUCCAACCAAGACGAGCUGCUGCGGGCGUACGAGUACGCCCGGCGGCACCCGCCAAGUUCCUCUCAACAGGCUUCGACCAGCGGUGCUCUGACGCACUACGAUGCUCCCGACGACAGCCAUACUACGGGUUCUGAAGGCAGCACUGAUCCGGGCAUUAGGCAAUUCACAGAGUCUCCGCCUGAACCCAAUGAAAGGCGACAGGCUGCUUGCAUCACGCCAGGAUCUCGAGGUGGCCUCUCCAAAGAGAGCAGCUCGACCAGCUCGAGCAGUUCCAACAGCGCGGGCUGCCUCGGUCCUGAUGGUGGUGCGGAUGACGUGACACCUGUAAACACGCCUAGCCAGUCAUCGGCUAUACCUGCCUGCUUCGUGGUUUGGGAACGCGCGCCGCUGCCCGGAAGAUCAGCACUCGUCACGAGGGCAGGCAACCUGCCUCAGAUUGAAGCAGGGUUAUCACGCUCGAUAUUCCCGCAAGGAUGGGUUCGUAUGCCUCCGCACUGCGGGAAACGAGGCGAGCCAAUGCUUCCGCAAGCAGACGACACUCCGCCGGCGCUCCAGCUUCUCAUGGGGCUUUGCGGCCAGCCUAAGUUGCGCGCGCCAAUUUCUGGAAAGUUCCAAUGUGGAUGCUCAUCUACAGCCAGCCCGUUGAGCUAA